AGUGGCAGUCCAUGGCAAAGGCAGUGUUAUGUUUUUUGCGUCCUUUUAGGUUUUUCUUCCUUCUCCUUGCCGAACUUUUACAAGAGCUACCAGAAGCAACCAACCAACCAACAAUAAUGAGGAAAUCAACAACAGAACAUUUAUAAGUUAACAGGGAGGAAAAAAUCAUGAAGAUCCCGAGAACAGGAGGUUAAAAUACCUUGGUUUGCGGUACACAUAUAAGUUGGUGAUGUUGACAUCAUGAGAGCUGUAUAAAAGCCGCCGACAUCUUUUAAGUUCUAAAAUGCCAAGGAAAAGAAAGGGCUUGGCACUGAGUCCUUUAAGAAAGUCGUUGAGUUCUACAUCUGCUGGCCAUACCGAUCCACCAUCUCUGUCUGCUGUGCAAUCUCUCCCGCAGGCCAUGAGCAAUAACAACAACGAGGGGCUGCUUGGCAGCAUGUGCGAGAUGUUCUCCAACUUAGAUCCUACAUUGGUCGAAAUGGUUCUCUCUGAGUAUAAAGAAGUUGAAGUUGUGAUGGACUAUCUGUUGGAGCUCUCAACUGCAGCAAAAAUGGAAGCUCAGGCUGCGUCCGGUGAAAAGUUUGGAUUUGACAUGAUAGCAUCGUUUCUGGAUGGUGACCAGGAGAAUUUGAAUUCUGAAAUUGAGGAAGCUCCCAUUAUGCCUAAUACUACAAAUGAUUCUCAGGCAGGCUUUGGUAUGGACACAGAAUUAUCAAAAGACCUUGAUUCCUUGUUGGAUGAGGCACUGGAUAGAUAUAAUUUAAACAAUGAAGGAGAUGUGCUUGGCCUUGGAGAGGGUGAUAUGUUUGAUUGUGUUGACUUCCAAGAGCAACUUCAGUCUACCUCACCUGAAAACAUCUCAUACCCCAUGCAGCACACAGAGAGAGAGAUUCAUCCACCAGGCGACAUAGAAAGGGAACAUCAGUCCUCUAUCCACCUAGACAGUUCUGAAAACAAAAUAAUUGAUCCGGCUACCUUGGAAAACAUAACAAGUGCUUCUAUAAAGUCACAACAUCAUUGGAAUCCUUUGGCUUCUUCAUUUUAUCCAGCACCAAGCCCGUCACACAGAUUUAUCACACCAGUCUCUGCCUUUCCCAUGACGUGGCCAUGUUCUACUGGUCCAAGAGAAGUUACUCCAGACGCUCACUUUGCUCAAAACGUGCCUUUGUGUAGUUGGAACACUUGGAAAACGAGGCAUUUUCCUCCUAACCAACGGAAUCCUGAUCAUCUCAGACCUGAAAGACAGCCUAAUCCCGGACCGCAAACCAUUCCUCAAAAUCAGAAAAAAAAUACUCAGUUUGUGGGAAAAGUGCUGAUUCUGCUAAGAGGUGCUCCUGGCUCUGGGAAAUCUACAUUGGCCAGGAUGUUCUUGCAGAAAAAUCCAGGCGGCGUUAUCCUGAGUACUGAUGAUUUCUUUUCCCGAGAUGGCCCUUACCGCUAUGAUCCCAGCUGCUUAUCAGAGGCUCAUGAAUGGAAUCAGAGACGAGCCAAAGAAGCCUUUGAGAAUAAUGUAUCGCCUAUCAUCAUAGACAACACCAACUUACAAGGAUGGGAAAUGAAGCCCUAUGUAUCUAUGGCAAUGAAACAUAAGUACAAAGUCACAUUCCGGGAACCAGAUACUUGGUGGAAGUUUAAACCAAAAGAACUUGAAAGGCGAAACAGUCAUGGUGUAAAGAGAGACAAGAUUGCGAGAAUGCUGGAACAUUAUGAACGUGUCACAGUCAAUUCCAUCCUGAAUUUAUCACGCCCUAAAAUGUCAGAGAAGGCUGAUCAGGGUCAAACUAUGACACUUACUGAUAAAGAUGGGCAGAAAAAAACAACAAAUGUUAAUUCUGCAGAGAACACACAAAAUGAAACUAAUUUAGACUCUGCCCCUCCUGGCAUUUCUCAAACCUUCGUUGUACCUGAAGUUUCAAAGCCUCUCUCAGAAAUCAUCACUGAUGCUAAAGCAGAGCCAGCAUCCAAAACAGAGUUAAGUAUAGAAGAAGCUAAAACAUUAAAUGAACUCGCGCCAGCUGGAGAGGACAUUUGUAGCGGUCACAUCAUGAACACGUUUGAUGAAAGAAGUCUGAGCCAAAUGCCCGUUCAAGAACAAAUGACGAUUAAAGAUACGUUUUCAUGCGUAGAAGAGUUGUCACUGCUGCCGAAUGAAAGCUUAGAGACAGUAAAUUUUGUUGGGGAUUGGCCCGUAGAACAAACUAUGAGUCAAAGAGCUCCACGAACCAGAAAGAUCAGGGCAAGUAAGAAUCAUAAACAGUCAGUCCAGCUGCUUGGUGAAAAUGGUAAGAAUGCAGACCAAAAACAUAAUGACGUUAUCAAGGAAGGCCCGUUGCAGGGUCAAUAUGAAAAUGCUGGUAGCGGUGUUGGCUAUCAAACAGAGACUCACAAUGAGAUGUGUAUCUCCAGCCUGAACAUGGCAAUAGGCUCUUUAGAUGUGGGAAGCCAAACUAGCACUACUUCAGAAACCUUAAAGGGUGAAAUUCAAGCAUCUCUAAAUAAAGAAAAAUCUCAAGAACAUGUAGUUGAUAUAAUUUCUGAAGUCACAGAAGAUGUGAAUGAGGUUUCUGAAGACCAACAAAAAGCUGGCAUUAUAGAUGACAAAAUAGCCAUUUCUUUGUUCAAGUCGGAGAGAAAGCCAAAACAAGCCAAGCGUAAUUGUCGGCACUGCAAGUUAGCGCUAACCUUCACAAACUGCUGUCCUAGCUCUCCCAAAGCAGAUGAAAACCCAUCUACUUGUCAGUCACCAGAGGCAAUUGAACCAAUUGAUUCUGACCCUUGUAAGUAUUCUCAAACCGAGCCACAUGAAUUUGCAUUAUUAUGGAGGAUAGAGAAGAAGAACUUUAAUGUCCUUGAGUCAACAAAAGUUCUUAUAGGAAAACCUGACAGAUUUAAGUCAAAACAGCUGGAUUCAACUCAAGAAAAUAUCCCUUACAGAGUUAUGCAUCACAAAAGUACCUUUGUGGAAGAGGAUGAGAUAGCCAGUUUAGGUGACCGGGAUAGCCUGGAUAUUCUCUGUAAACUUUUCAAGUCGGUUCCAUUUGAUGUGCUGAAGGACCUUUUUGAAAGGUGCAAUGAAGAUGUUUUGUGGGCAACAAAUUUGCUGCUUGAUUCUGGAGAAAAGUUGCACAUAGAAGAAGACUGUCAGACAGAAGACUCUCUGAAACGUGAAGAAUCCAAACCAGAAUGUUUGGAGAGUUGCUGCCUGUCGGAUGAAGUUUUGGAAACGCCUGAUAACGCCCAUCAUGGCUGUGCUAUAAUGCUGAAUAACAGUGAUGAUGUACCAUUGGCUUACAACACCAAACUUGCAGAAGACCAUGAAAUACUCCAGGAAUGUGCUGACUUAAUGAAUUCCGUUCUGCAGGUGGUGGCAGACGAGAAAAAUAAUACAAGUGUUUUUUCUGUUAAUAACUUAAAAAAUAUAAUGAAAGACUAUUCUGAAAUAACAAGUGAAAAGAACCUGGAACUGGAAUCAUCCAUGGAAAUUCUGCCACUUCAGAUGAGAGGGACUUCUGACACAGAACUGGAAAAGCUAGAAUUACUAGAUCCUUUAUCUGACAAAGAAACUUUGAGCGAUAUCUUGGAACCGACAGAUAAAAAGGAGGUAGAUGCUCAGGAAAUUGAGUUGACGUAUGAAUCCCAACAUGAAAUUGACAUUCAAAAUAAAAUUCCAUCAGUGGUGAAUGAUGUACGAGAAGACUCGUCUGAUGCUACAAAAGUACUUGAAGAUGAGGGAAAAACAAAAAAAAGUGAAUUGUUGUCCAAGGAGUCCUUGAAGUUUGACCAUCUGGAAUUUUCUUUGGCACCAGAACUUGCCUUUCAGCUCAGUGAGUUGUUUGGGCCAGUUGGAAUAGAUCCAGGUUCGCUAACCAUCGAGGAUUGUGUGAUUCACAUAGAUUUGAAUCUGGCUAAAGCUAUCCACAAGAGAUGGAAAGAAUCGAUCAUGGAGAGACACAGACAAGAAGCAUUAUCAUAUCAACUUAUUUUUGAAGGCAGUGCACCUACUGAACCCUUUGGACUGGAAAACCUCAUUCAUAAAGAUGACACCAGAAUUAAUGGAAACGCAUUUACCAACGAAGCAUCAGACUUGUUACCCUUCAUGGACCAGUGGAAUGCAAGCACCCAGAAAGUAUCGUUGCGGCAAAUAAUGUCAGAAGAAAUUGCUUUACAAGCCCAGGAAGACCUGAAAAGAGUUUCGCCAAGAAAGAAUUGCGCCAUAAAACUGAAGGAGAAACAACUAUUUGAGAGGUUUCCUUACGUGGAACAAAAACUCCUCAUGGACAUUUUUAAAGAAAACAAUUAUUCCUUAGAGAAGACCGAGCAGUUCAUGUUCUCUGUUCUCGAAGCUGAUCCCGUACAAAAUGUUAUGGCUCAAGGCGUGAAGCAGGCAGCGGCCUCAACUACCGAUAAAUCGCGAGAAAAGAAAUCCAAAGGAGAUAAAGAAACUAUUUACGAGCAGUACUACCAAGACUUUGAUUCGCCGGAGUAUGAUGAUUUCAGAGCUGAAGCCUUUCUGUAUCGUAAGAAGCAGCAGGAGAGCUAUAGAAAAGCGGCAGAAGCUCACUCCAGGGGCAUGAAGCAAGUGGCAACGUACUAUGCACAGCAGGGUCACCUCUAUGGGGAAAAAGUGAAAGAGGAGAAUCAUAGAGCAGCUGUGCAGAUUUUCCAGCGAACGAAUGAGUUUCUGCUACCGGAGAAUAUAUUAGAUUUGCAUGGACUCCAUGUUGAUGAAGCCAUGAAACACUUUCGCCAGGUCCUCCAGGAAAAAAUGGAAGAGUACAAGCAGAAUGGGGGCAAAUCUCAUCUGUCUGUAAUAACCGGAAGAGGAAAUCAUAGCCAGGGAGGAAUCCCGCGCAUCAAACUAGCUGUCAUAGACUACCUCACAAAUCACAACUUCAGAUUUCUUGAGAUAAGACCAGGUGUCCUGAGUGUUACCCUGAAAUAAUCCACAUCUGGAUCAAGAUUUAUUAAGCGAACAAAAUGCUAAUCAACACGAACAAAUAACUUUACGUUCUCUGCUAAGAGAUGCGGAUGUUUACACGGAUAUAAGGGAUUUUUAUCCAGUUUUAUUGAGUUAACGGGUAGUAGUUACAAUGUGUAUCAAGUGCAAAGUGGUGCAGUCAUCAUGGCCAUCAGUGGAAUGUUGUGUGGAUUUAUCCAAUGUCCAGCAGAACUCAUCUUUAACCCUUUGUGUUUCAACAGCAUAAAAACUGACACAACUAGCAUGUUUA